UUACUCUCCACAUUAUAUAUUUAGUUAUUUCAAAUAAAAAUGAGUUCACAAGCAAAGGAGCGACAAAUGGCAACAAAAGAAUUAGAUGAAGCAGAGCUACAAGGCCAAGCGGAGAUAUGGCGGUUCAUGUUCAGCUUUGCGGAUUCUAUGGCGCUUAAGUUUGCUGUCGAGCUCCGCAUAGCCGCUCCUUGGCACUGCUUUAGCCAAUGCGUUCAAGAAGGUGGCAUCGCCUUCAAGAAAGCUCACGGGCGUGAGAUAUGGGAUAUGGCAUCGGAGAAUCCGGAACUCAACCGGCUUUUUAACGACGGUAUGGCGUGUACAUCGAAGGUCGUCACCAGAGCAAUCUUAUCGGGGUACAAAGAAGGGUUGAGCUCAAUCGGAUCAUUGGUUGAUGUUGGUGGUGGAACGGGAAGCUUGAUAUCUGAGAUUGUCAAAGCAUAUCCUCACAUCAAAGGUGUUAACUUCGAUUUGCAGCAUGUCGUCUCGGAGGCGCCACCAUACGACGGGGUCUGCCAUAUUGGCGGCGAUAUGUUUCGGGCCAUUCCGAGUGCUGAUGCGGUCAUUAUGAAGUGGAUAUUGCAUGACUGGGGUGAUGAAGAUUGCAUACAGAUAUUAAGGAAUUGCUGGAAAGCAAUUCCAAGAGGGAACGGGAAAGUGAUAAUCGUUGAGGUUGUCGUCAAACCCGAUGGAAACGGACCGUUUGACGACAUUGGAUUCGUAUUCGAUCUUCUGAUGAUUGCUCAUUCCAGGGGUGGAAAGGAGAGAACGGAGGUGGAGUGGAAGAGAAUAUUGGAACAAGGAGGUUUCUGUCGCUACAAAAUCAUCCGCAUUCCAGCCUUGACUUCCAUCAUCGAGGCAUAUCCUGAUGAUUAGGAGACUGUUUAGCAUAAUUCCGGCAGGGGUUUAAUAAAAGAAAUUAAAUAAAUCUAUGUGAUUAUGUCACAUUCAGAAUCGGUUCACGGGAGAGCAAUAUGAACAGUUGCACCUUCAAUCUUCGGGCAAUUCAUAAUUCGGAGGUCUCCUACGGAAGCUGCUCUCAACCUGAUGUUGGGGGCAAUCUAUUAUCUUACCUCAUCCUAUCCCAUUACUUAUGGGAAUAAAGGGUCAACUAUAGUAUUA